UUUAAAAUUAUUAUUAUUAUUAAAUUAUUAUUUUUUUGUACAUUUCUCUUACAAAAAAAAAACAAAACAAAAACCCUUGAGAAACAUCAUCCCUUUCCGAUCAUUGAUUUGUUCAAUUUUUUGGUUGGAUUCGUUCAAUUUUGCGCAGGAAGACCAAAUUCCACCCAAAUUCGCCUCUUCUACGGUUCCAAGUUUGUCCUUUCAGUUUGAAUUGAUUAAUUAUUGAAUUAAUUUGAUCAGUAAUUGGAGCGGUUGCGUUCUGAUCGUGAGGAGGAAUGGAGCAGAGCAGGAGAGCGGUAGAGUCGUAUUGGAGGUCAAGAAUGGUGGACGGCGCCACGUCCGAUGAGGAUAAGGUGACUCCGGUUUACAAAUUGGAAGAAAUUUGCGAUUUGCUGAGGUCGUCGCACCCCUCCAUCGUUAAGGAAGUCUCCGAGUUUAUUCUCAAGCGUCUCGACCACAAAUCGUCUAUUGUUAAGCAGAAGGCCUUAAGAGUCAUCAAAUAUGCAGUGGGAAAGUCAGGUGCUGAGUUCAGAAGGGAGAUGCAAAGGAAUUCUGUUGCCGUACGCCAAUUAAUCCACUACAGGGGCCAGCCAGAUCCUUUGAAGGGUAAUGCACUGAACAAGGCUGUCCGUGAAACAGCACAGGAGACACUCUCUGUUUUAUUCACAUCGGAUGAGAGCAAAGCUGCACCUACAGAAAGUAAACUUGGUAGUCGAAUUCAAGGAUUUGGGAAUACUAACUAUGAAUUGCCUUCAGAAGAUAAAAGGUCCUUCAUUAAUGAGAUUGUUGACAUUGGAAGUGCCACAAUCAAACAGGGACUGAGUAAUUUGGCACAGUCCCCAUCUCUGAGAAAAAACAAUGACACUGGGAGUUACAGAAGCCCAAAUCUUCAGCGAUCUUUGGCUCCUGAAAGAGAUCACUCUGAAAGAUAUGAAGCAGUUAAUUAUAAUACUGACAUGCAAAGCUCUUCUCGGUUCUCCAAAAAUGCUGGUUCUGGAAGUUGGGGCCAAGAUCUCAGUGCGUCCCAGGCAGAAACAAGUGAUGGAGUCUAUGAAUCAACUUAUGGCACGAAGACUCGUGAGGAGAAACUGUUAGAGACAAUUGUAACAUCUGGUGGUGUGCGUUUACAGCCUCCUCGAGAUGCACUUCAUAGCUUCCUGAUAGAGGCUUCAAAAUUAGAUGCUUUGUCUUUAGCACAUGCAAUCGAAACAAAGCUGAAUUUACCUAUGUGGCAGGUUCGCAUGAAAGCCAUUUGCGUCCUUGAGGCAGUGCUGAGGAAGAAAGAUGAUGGGAAGUUUUCUGUCAUAUCUUCUUAUUUUAGUGACAACAGUGAUGCAGUGAUCCAAUGUUCUGAAUCCCCCCAAGCAUCUCUGAGGGAGAAGGCAAAUAAGGUAUUGGGUCUUCUGAGUGGUGAAAAAGGUGGAGGAGGAAUCAAUCAAGUCGAAAGAUCAGCUCAGCCUUUGAUGAUACCAGACUUGCUAGACACCAGUGAUUCACACGAUCUUAUGGGAGUGGAAGAUAUUCAAAUAGCUGAUGUUCAGCCAAGUACUUCAACCGUAGGACCUUCUAAUGCUCCACUGAUUGAUGACUUAUUGGGGGACAGUUUUGGUGGUGGUGACAACACCAACUGGCAGAAGGUCGACGAUGACCCAUUUGCAGAUGUCUCCUUCCAUUCCAACCUUGAUAAGGACCAUGAAACCGAUGUCUUUUCUGGUAUGGCAGUUAACAAGUCGGUAAUUAAGGAUGCCCAUGUAGCAGCUAAUAGAACUGAAUCCGCAUCUUUUGACUUUUACAACUCGACAUCCCAGGAGCUUGAAAAUGCUGGAAAAGAUGUUAAUGACUUGAUGAGCAGUUUGUCAAUAAAGAACGAACCAUUUGAAAAGCAAAACGGAAGCACUACUAAGAAAAUCCCAGAACAUGUUCAUUCAGCGUCCAGUAUUCCCCAAGAAAAUAACAUUCAUAACAGCAUCUUGAGUAGGGAAUUCACUUCUCAAACUGCAGGGAUCAAUGUAGCUCCCAUGUUCCCUUUGGGUGCCAUGGGUUAUAAUUUUCCAGCAGGGUUGAUGUUCAAUCCUGCAUUAGCUUCUCAUGCGAUGAAUAAUAUUGCCAUGGAGAAUAUCUUGGCUCAACCCCAGUUCCUUGCUGCAAUGUCCAACUUUCAGCAACAAGGGCAUCUGCAAUCAAGUACAGGUUUUAGCGCUGCUGGAUCUGAUAUAGGAAAUUCUUCAGCCUUUCCAGAUGUUUUCAAUUCUACCAUCGCUACUCAACCUCCAACUUCACUAAUGAAUGACUCGAAAAGAGACGACACUAGAGCAUUCGAUUUUAUCUCAGAUCAUCUGGCUGCAGCUCGCGACCCAAAGCAUGUAACGUGAGUAUUUCAGUGAAUUGUCUGAAAUGGAGCAACAACUCACCUGGUUAAUAUUGAAACUUGAAUUGAGAAAAGAAAAUAGUUGGGCAUUGUUUCUGCUUUCGGCAAAGGAUCAGUCAGAAAAUGGGUGAAGUUUCCGUUAGCCGUGAUGUCGAAUGGGUACGAAAAGGUUUCGGUAUCUUUGCAGCUAUAGUUUUAUGUUCUUUGUAAUUUGCAAAAAUGAAAUAGAAUUUUCUAGUGAGUUGCCCUGAGUCAUUACUUACCAAGGUAAAAAAAUCAGUACUGUGUGAUACAUAUUCUUUCAUGGAGAUUGAUAAGUCAGGGGUUAAAUUAUUUCUGGCUCCAAAAUUCCUAAAUUUAUUGAUGUCAUCUGGCAUUUUGCGGUGUUGGAGUGCUGUGUUUACAUAAUUGUAUGUUACAUUUCCCUUUUUUCUGCCUCAUCCGGAUCCCCAGAUGAAUAGGUGUUUUAUAGUGUCUAAAUUAGUAAUGUUGUAAACAAAUUGCGACUAGGGUUGUAAACAAAUUAAAUAUUUUUGCUUGAUUGGAAAGUUUGAUAUUCGUAUUCGAAAUUA